GCUGUAGGUGGAGCUGGAGCUUUCCUGGAAUUGUCGGGCAACUUUUCCUGUUGUGCUGGCUCCAGUCUCGCUCAAUCAGUUCUGCGGUGGGAUUAAAGGGGAAUGUCGGUCUCGGGAAUCACGGCCGUGCUUCCCACUUUGCCAACGAUGCCUCCCCCGCUCUGGUGGAUGUGAUUUUUUUUUCCUCUCGCUGUUGUGGUCAAAGGUCUUCUUCCUUCUGCAAAAUGAAUCGGCGGUGCAAAGCGGGGCGGAAUCCAUCGAUAGCUGAGCGGCUUCCCUGGAUUUCGCUGCCCUCUUCGCUUAGUUUGGCCUGAAGAUGGAAACACUGGAGUCCGAGCUGACAUGCCCAAUUUGUCUUGAGCUCUUUGAGGACCCGCUUCUCUUGCCCUGCGCUCACAGCCUUUGUUCCAACUGCGCCCACCGCAUCCUGGUGUCGCACUGCACCCCCAGCGAGCCCGUCCAGUCCAUCCGCGCCUUUCAGUGCCCUACCUGCCGCUAUGUCAUCAACCUCAACCAGCGAGGCCUAGAGGGACUCAAGCGCAACGUCACCUUGCAGAACAUCAUCGACCGCUACCAGAAGGCUUCCCUCAGCGGACCCAACUCGCCCAGCCAGCCCCGGCGGGAGCGAGCCGCCCCCGACGGCGGCGCCAUGACGCAGCCCGGAGAGCGGGUGCCGUGUCAGUUCUGCGAGCAGGAGCCCCCCCAGGACGCCGUGAAGACCUGCGUCACUUGUGAGGUUUCUUACUGCGACGACUGCCUCAAGGCCACCCACCCCAACAAGAAGCCUUUCACGGGCCACCGCCUCGUGGAGCCCCUGCUGGACUCCCACAUGCGAGGGGUCAUGUGCGUGGAGCACGAGGACGAGAAGGUCAACAUGUACUGUUUGACGGACGAGCAGUUGAUCUGCGCCUUGUGCAAGCUGGUCGGACGACACAGGGACCACCAAGUCGCCGGUUUGGCGGACCGAUACGACAAACUCAAGCAUGCCUUGGACACCAACCUCAGCAAUCUCAUCAAGAGGACCAGUGAGUUGGAAACUCUGAUGGGCAAACUCAUCCAGACGUGCCAACACGUGGAGAUAAAUGCAUCCAGGCAAGAAAACAAGCUACUGGAGGAAUGUGACCUCCUGAUCAAUAUCAUACAGCAGAGAAGGCAAAUCAUCGGUACCAAGAUAAAGGAGGGAAAGACAGUGCGUCUGAGGAAGCUGGCCCAGCAAAUCGGCAGCUGCAAGCAGUGCGUGGAGAGGUCCACCUCGCUCAUCGCUCAGGCCGACCACACCCUGAAAGAGACGGACGCCUCUCGCUUCCUUCAGUCGGCCAAAAGCAUCUGCGACAGGGUCUCCAUGGCAACAGCGUCCUCUCAGAUCUUGCUGCCUGAAAUAAACCUGAACGACACCUUUGAUACUUUUGCUCUAGACUUCACAAGGGAGAAGAAAAUGUUAGAGACCUUGGAUUAUCUCACAGCGCCAAAUCCGCCGGUAAUCCGCGAGGAAUUAUGCACAGCUUCGUAUGACACAAUCACGGUUCACUGGACGUCAGACGACGAGUUCACCGUCGUGUCUUAUGAACUCCAAUAUGCCAUCUUCACUACUCACGCCAAUGUUGUCAGUUUGUGCAACUCGGCGGACAGCUGGAUGAUCGUGCCAAACAUCAAGCAAAAUCACUACACAGUGCAUGGGCUCCAGUGUGGCACCAAAUACGUCUUCAUCGUUAAAGCCAUCAACCAGGCCGGACACCGCAGUAGCGAACCAGGAAAGCUCAAAACCAACAGUCAACCGUUCAAACUGGAUCCCAAGUCCGCUCACCGGAAAUUGCGUGUGUCCCACGACAACCUGACGGUGGAGAGGGAUGAGACGUCGUCCAAGAAGAGUCACAGCCAGGACCGCUUCACCAGCAACAGCAGCUACGGUGUCACCGGGAACGUUUACAUUGACAGCGGUCGCCAUUACUGGGAGGCUCUCAUUGGAGGAAGCACAUGGUUUGCAGUGGGUAUUGCCUACAAGUCGGCACCAAAGCACGAGUGGGUGGGAAAGAACUCGGCCUCCUGGGUACUAUCCCGCUGUAACAACUCGUGGGUGGCCCGUCACAACAGCAAGGAGACCGCAUUGGAGCCCUCACCGCACCUGCGCCGACUUGGCAUUCUGCUCGAUUACGACUCGGGAUCUCUGUCGUUCUACGAUGCCGUGGGCUCUCAGCACUUGCACACGUUCGACAUCGCCUUCACACAGCCCGUUUGCCCCGUGUUCAAUGUGUGGAAUCGAUGUCUUACCAUCCUCACUGGACUGCCUAUCCCAGACCACCUGGAGGGAAGCGAGUCCAGCAAUUGACUUUGUGUGGACUUUCAUAGGCACAAUAAAUGACUGAAUGUGUUAAUUCCUCAUCCGACCUUUAGAUAAGUUUAAACAAUUCACAUUUUUUAAUUAGUUUUGUGAAACUUUGCACAUGUAUAUACAUUAUUCUGCUGGAUAAUUGUUUCAAAAGGAGAUACCUACUGUUUUAAAUUGCUAGAAUAUGUUAAAUAGCCUGCUUUUUUUUUACUCACCUAAUCUUAAUUUGUGCAUUUGUGUCAAUGUGAUGUAAAAAAAUUGGGAGGAAUUUUUAUGUGUAGUUCGAAAGUUUUUUGAGGGGUGUGUGAUAAUUUACUAUUUUAAUACUGUCUGUGGUUGCAAACUUUUUAGCACUUUGAGGAGAAAAAAAGACUGUCAUAAUAAAAUACAUUUGUAAAUCA